AUGAGUAAGAAUUUUACAGGUGGAAAGAGAAAUUUUGCAACUGCAAAUGGAAAUGGCAAGGAAUCAUUUGGCGAAAAGCCUCGUAAGAACUUCAUUACCUCUGAAGGUAAAAAGGAUUUCAAGCCCAAGAACAGGGAUUGGGAUUCUGAAAGUGAAGAUGAAGACACCAAGAAGAACCAAAUUGAGGCUAAGCACAACUAAGAUAACAUGAGUAAAUAUAUUAAGAAUGCCAAGACUAUUGAAAUUCUUAACAAGAGAGGAAUCACUUAUUUGUUCCCUAUUUAGGAGCACUGUUUCCAAGCUAUCCAAGCUGGUAAGGAUCUUAUAGGAAAAGAUAGAACUGGCAGUGGUAAAACCCUCGGUUUCUCUUUGCCUCUCAUUGAAAAAUUAAGAAAUGAAGGUAAUUUCACUAGCAUCAAAAAGAAACAAACUCCAUAUAUGCUCGUUGUAGUUCCUACUAGAGAACUCUGUAUCUAGGUUGCAAAUGAAAUUAACACACUCAAGCACACUGACAAUGAAUUUAGAGUUUUACAAAUUUACGGAGGUGUCGAUGUUAGAGAGCAAGCAAAUUAAAUUAGAGAUGGUGUUGAAAUCGUUGUUGGUACUCCUGGUCGUAUCAUUGAUCAAUAUGAAAGAGGUGCUUUGAUGUUCCACUCUAUUAUAGCCACUGUUUUAGAUGAAGCCGAUUAAAUGCUUAACUUUGGUUUCUAAGAAGACAUCGAAAAGAUCUUUGGAUUUAUCAAGAAUGACAAGGGUGAAGAAAGACCUUAGAAUUUGUUAUUCUCAGCUACCAUGCCUUCUUGGGUUCAUGACAUUGCUAGAAAGUUUUUGAGAGAAGACAGAGUUUUAAUUGAUUUAGUUAAGAAUUUAGGUAACAAGACAAGUUAAGAUGUCACUCACUUAGCCAUCAACUGUCCUUACUUCUAAAGAACUGAAGCUAUCGGAGAUGUUAUCUUAUGCUAUGGUGGUGGUGCUCACUCCAGAGUCAUCAUCUUCUGUGAAACUAAGAAUGAAGCAAAUGAAAUCAUGCUUAAGGCAAAUAUUAAAUAGGAUGUUUAGGUACUCCAUGGUGAUAUUCCUUAAAAGUAGCGUGAAAUCACAUUCCAAGGGUUCAGAGAAGGUAAAUUCAAGUGCUUAGUUGCUACUAAUGUUGCUGCUAGAGGUUUGGAUAUCCCUGAAGUUGAUUUAAUUGUCUAAUUAGAACCUCCCAAAGAACUUGAUGCUUACAUUCAUAGAUCUGGUAGAACAGGAAGAGCUGGUAAGAAGGGUGUUUGCAUUACCUUCUACACCAAGAAGCAAUAAUCUUUGAUUGAAAGAAUCGAAAAGAAGUGUCACAUUAAGAUGCAAAAGGUCGGUGCUCCUCAACCAGCUGACCUUAUUCGUGCUUCUUAAAACGAUAUCAAAAAGAACCUUAUGUCAGUUAACAGAACUGUUUUAGGAAUAUUCAAGGAAGUUUCAGUCGAUUUAAUUUAGGAAUUCGGACCUGAAGAAGCUUUGGAACGUGCUAUUGCAUUCAUCUCUGGUUUCACUGAAAAAAUGAAAUAACGUUCUUUAUUAUGCUGUCUUGAAGGUUACGUUACUUAUAUUGUACGUACCCCAAGCGAAUUUAGAGGUCUUGGCUACAUUUGGGGAUGGGUUAAGAAUAACUUCCCUGCUGAAUGCACUGAUAGAAUCAAAGGUAUGAAGAAGUUUGCAGAUAACAAGGGUGCCGUCUUCGAUGUUGCCGAAGAAGACAAAGAAGUUUUCGAUGCCUAUAUUAAUGAAUUAGCAGAAGGAACAAAGCAAGGUUUGGAAUUAGAAGUUGCUACUACUAUUCCUGAAAUCGAAGAAGAAGGUGGAUAUAGUUAAGGAUACAACGGUGGCAACAAGUCUGCUCCAAAUGGAUUCUCAUUCACUAAUACCAACCCUAAAAUGGACCCCAAGCUUAAGAGAGAACUUGAAAUCUUCAUUGGUGGCUUACCCUACGACUGCAAGGAAAAAGAUGUUACUUAACACUUUGAUAAAAAUGGUGUUUAAUUCUCUUCUCUCCGUGCUCUUAGUGGUGAUGAUGGCAAAUUUAAAGGUAUUAUUUUCGCAAUGUGUGCCAAUUAAGCUGGUGUCAAGAAGGCCUUGACCUUAGAUGGAUAAAAGUUCAUGGGAAGACCUCUCAGAAUUAACAUGGCUUGCAAAAAGUGA